AGCACACCAGCUUCCAAUGAUAAAGACAGGAAAUGCAGUGUUGAAAACUAAAGGCUGUGUCCUAAGCUCGCCUCCCUGUGACCAGGCUGUCCCCUAGGUCCCAACCUCUCGGGACUCAGAAAAGGAGGCGGCUGUGGGGACCCUGUGUGGGUGUCAGCUCACAUCACCACGGUCGGGGCAGUUUUGCCAUGGUAAGAACCAGUACCUGGUUUCUGAAUAGGUUGGUGUCUUCCUUAAGAUGGGAAAGGGGAGACCAGGCCUCACUGCACAGUGUACACAUCACCCUUCGGCAGCUCUCCCGGUCGUGAACUUGCUCUUACCUCCCUGCAGCAAGAGCAGAUGUCAGUCCUGCCUUGCUCUAUACCUGGCUGUGAAGAAGUUACUGUCCACUAACCAGUUAGUUGUGCGUUUUUGUUCUACUGUGUGCCCCCAUUUACAUGUGCCUUUUCGUCAGGCAUGUCUUAGUGAACGUGCCCUCAUUAUGUGUCUCGUGUAUACAGAGAGGGUCUACUGUGUGCAGCCUCAGAGAGGGCCACAUGCCCAACAAUGAGUGCUUUUUGAUAACAAGGAGAUACUUCUUUGUCAUCCAUGAAAUGAGCAUGGCCCACAUGCCCAGAGCUGGACAAGCCAAGUAGAUACACAUGUAGAGAAUAAGGCCCUAAAGGGAAGGAGGUAGCAAGCCAGAAAGACACAUUCCUCUACCCAGCUCUGUCUCCCGUGGUGAUGGCCUGGUGACUGGUGACCUGAAGCACCUUCAGCAUGCAUGUAUUGAGCACUGUGUGUGACCAUCCCUGUGCAAGGUGCUGAAGCCCCGGAGAUGAGUAACCCCCAAGAAAUGGCCAGUGUAGUGGGGACACAGGAAACAUAAUGACACCACAGUGCCGGGGCAGCAGAUUGUCUUCCACACCGACCCUUGGAAUAGGUCUGUGGGCAGCAAGCUGUCCUGCCAGAGGAGUGCACAGCCUCCCGUUAGGUCAUGUAGACACAGAGCAGACACAGAGCUGUGCCUCCGCUGAGACAGGUCUGAGCCUCACGGCUUCCUAAGAAGGACACGAUCAUGUUUCCUGGCUCAGUGCUGGCUCUCCCCCGCAGUCUGUUAGGACGCAGGCACAGAAGACACCAUGGCACCGAGGGCCGUAUUUACGGUGGCUGCCGGGGUCGGAGACAGCACCCUGUUUCUUCUGUCUGGGUCCUCUGUCCCACGGCAUGCGGUGUGACCUGGAGUACAGAGGCUUGGGGCUGACACAGGGAAGGAGUGGCCAAGGCAGCUAAAAGCAGGCCCCUGAAAGGAGACUUGUACCAGGCACUUUUCAGAAACUGUUCUCAGAGCCUCUUUAAAUGGAAAGUUGAUGUAUCUUGAGGUUUGCAGUGGAGGAGGUCUUGUUUGGUUCACUGUUUUGUUUUUUCAUCUUAGCGGGCAGCUUGUGCAAGCGGAAGACUCCGGAAUGUGACAAGGAGACCUCCAUCUGCACUGACCUGGAUGGUGUCGCCCUAUGCCAGUGCAAGUCAGGCUACUUCCAAUUCAACAAGAUGGAUCACUCCUGCCGAGCAUGUGAAGAUGGAUAUAGGCUUGAAAAUGAAACCUGUAUGAGUUGCCCAUUUGGGCUCGGUGGUCUCAACUGUGGAAACCCCUAUCAGCUGAUCACCGUGGUGAUUGCAGCAGCAGGAGGCGGGCUUCUCCUUAUUCUAGGCAUUGCGCUGAUUGUUACCUGCUGCCGAAAGAGUAAAAAUGACAUAAGCAAACUCAUCUUCAAAAGUGGGGAUUUCCAAAUGUCUCCCUAUGCUGAGUACCCCAAGAACCCUCGCUCACAAGACUGGGGCCGAGAAGCUAUUGAAAUGCAUGAGAAUGGAAGUACCAAAAACCUCCUCCAGAUGACGGAUGUGUAUUACUCGCCCACAGGUGUAAGGAAUCCUGAACUUGAACGAAAUGGACUCUACCCGGCCUACACUGGACUGCCGGGGUCACGGCACUCGUGCAUCUUCCCUGGACAGUAUAACCCAUCUUUCAUCAGUGAUGAGAGCAGGAGAAGAGACUAUUUCUAAGUGCGGAAGAGAGAGGGAGGGCCCACUGCUCUGAGCAACUUGUGGGAUCUCGGCUGCUCAGAGUACUGUACCAGGGGGGCCCGCGAAUACUGGCUGCUCCCAGGACUCGCGGAGCCACAUGUGAAUGGCAAGCAGGAAGCGGGACAGGCGUGAGGGGCGUAACCACAGUGGAAGGAGACAGAUGGAUGCGGGGACGUGGAACUGAGGGCUGCUUGUUAGGCACCUGCACUGUUACUGUGAACGUGAACGUGGGCCGGUACCAGGAGUCUCUCAGUUCAGCAGCCACCACCGGCCGAGGGCUGACUGUUAGCCAGGCACAUGGUCAGGCACCUUCACCAGGACCUAGUCUUUCCUCAGUUUGCACUUUAGUAAAUUGGAUAGGGAGGUCUCCUUUCGGAUUUGUUUCAAGACUGUUCCAGAAAGAAGGCCUCUCUUCCUCAGACACUUCCAUAAGCCUCAGUUGGGUGGUGGUUAAUUUACGGCAGAGCACUGGCUCUUUUGUUGUGUUCCUGCCCAGUAUCUACAUGCUCAACAACAGAUGACGAUGAUAAACAUACCGCUAAGGUUUGGAGAUGCUGUAGGGGAACAUACAGUAUUUUCGUGGGCUUCUAGGUCUCCUGCAGUUUCCAAGCCCACCCUCAAAAUGAGGAAUUGAAAUUUAUGAGGCACAGCACACACUCCACUUUGUUUUUUAAUCAAGGUGACACGUUUAUUUAGGAGUAUUUUUUCCCUCUGCAGUUACAUCCCACUUUUUCAAAUAAGUCUGGAUCCGGGCAAAACAAGCUCCACGUGGUUUUCAACAGAGGCGCCCCCUGCCUGUGGUGAGGCCCAGCAGGUAGCAGUGGGCACAGGCGCUGGGCGAGGGCCCUGGUGGGGGACUCUCAGAGCUGGAGGCGGUGGGGUGCUUCUCGUCCCUGAGCGCCUCACCCCCCACCUUUGAGGCCCAAGUACUAUGUGUAUGCAGUAGAAAUGGAGAGCAGAAUGCAGAUUGGGUCUGAGGGGCAUUCCACCACUAAUGGAAAAGCAGCCUGAUGGAGUCCCCGCAGCUGAAUGUGGUGAAAGGAGCAGGCUGAUGGGGCACGUUCAGUUUCCUGAAACCCAGUGCUUUGGGAAGCCAUGUGGGUUCCUGAGGAAGCCUAGGGAGCUGGGAUAGAGCCACACGUCCCGUCUGUGAGUCUGCUUCCUUACUAGUGCAGCCUUCUUUGAUUGUAUCCCAGAUCUUGUCCCCUGACUCAGUGCGAACUUUCACCCAACUGCUCAAAGCUGUUUAUUCACUGAAUAACUUAUUUUCACUCAUGCAGUAAUUUGUACCUCUUUAUACCGCUGCAUGGUUCCCUCCAGAAACAUCAUUUAAGUCGGCAUUGGAGAGCUAAAGACUUGUGGCCAGUUAAGGAGUUGAGAGUUUGCCUUUGGGAAGGAAAUUCCACCUGUCUUAUUUAUUAUGCCUGCGAGAUGGGUCCUGGGAGAAGGGGGCAUACCCCGUACUCAGCGUCUUUAAGUGCUGCUUGGGGAACUGCAGUUGUUCUCAUCAUCUGCUUUUGAAACAUCCUGUUUUGGGAUGAGAACACAGUGGCAAAAGAAUUGUUCCCAUCCUGAAGCUUGGAGCUCCGUGGCACCUGCAUUCAUGGAAGCGGUGUAGCCUUCGGGGACAGUUAAGUCUUGGGUGUGGUUGUUUUCUCAGAGUUCUCUUUUUAGAAUGUAUCUCAUCCUUAUUCUUAUGUAAUCCUCGUCCUAACAGUCUUAAGUGUCAACUCCUGUGUCCCGGGGUCUCCACGAGCCACCAAUACCCUGCUGCAGCAGGAACACAAAGCAGGUGUGAUGCUUCUUAGUCGUUAAAUUGCACUCAUCUCCCGAGAUACGCAAAGAAUUCUGUUUUUGUCAGUGGAUGCCGACUUAAAAUUUCAGAGCAUCACCUUUCAGAAUCCUUGGGUCUUGGAUCUCUCUGGGGAAGCAAACAGCCCUUUGUGCCUCCUAGUCUUGCAUCUAACUGGAGAGCUCUGAGCCCCUGCACUCCGGCUCACCAUAGCCGACAGGCUCGGCUGUCUCGCGAGUAGCCUAGCUUCCUGGCUCUUGAUAUUGAUCCUUGCUCCUCCCAGGGACCCAGAGCCAUGGCGGGGAGCUAUUCCCAGGCUUACUCAGCUAAGGGUGUUGGAUGACAUCACAGCUGACAAAUCAUCUCCUGUGUCAGGACUAGAAGCUAGAAGUUACAUAAAAUGAAGUGUUCUGUCUCAAAAGCAUUCUUGGGAAGAAUCCCAAAGUCCAGAAAACAGUGUCCUGUGAGUUCCAAGAAUGCUUUCCUGUGAGUACGUUUUGUGCACAUGAAAUGGAUUAAGAAUAUUGUUUUUCAUUUACUGUGAAAAAAGGAGGACCCGUACAAUGUUAAGUUCAUAUGUAUCUCAUUUCUAGGAGGCUGUGGGGUUGGAGAAGGUGUAUCUCAAAAGCAUGAGGGUCUAAGAAGGUAUGCAAACAGCAUGAUUGUUAUCCGGUGCCAGCUGCCACCCUGAGUGAGGAAGGGAGAGGCUGGCUUUGCCCCAGCCUGGGGUUAAUACCUCCUAAAGGACCUGCCUGGGCCUAGGGCAAACAACCAAUAGGACAGCAGCAGCUGCUGGAUUGAAGGGACAGGGCUGGGGGCACCCCUGGCAAGCAGAAGCUCUCAGCUCCCGUAUAGGUGCUCGGUAUCAGCCCCUGUACCUGGAAUGUGUGAUCCGUGCUCAUAGAAAUACCAUGGUCCUGCCUCCCUGGGGCCCCACAGCUAGGGGAAGGUGGAAGGGAAAAGUGACACUUAACUGCUCUUGAGAGGCUUAAACUUCUGCAGGGAGAGCUGACUGAAUAGAAACCAUGCGUCCUGUAGCAAGCGGAAGCACUUUGCUGGGACUCUCAGAGCAGGGUGGGACUCACCUGCCAGCCACCUGGCAACUGUGGGUUUUGUUUAAACUCCAGGGGCUCUUAUUUCUCCUGUCUUUUCCUCUCUGCCCCAUGAGUCAGCCCAGGACACUGGAGACAACUUACGAAGUCUACCUGUCACAGCCAGAAUCUCUGGUGUUCCCACUAUGGCCAGGCUCUGUGCAACGUCCCUGGCCUCACUCACCACACCCUUGUGAAGUAUGCAUGAGAGUGUCCGUUUCUUGUACCUGUGAACUUCCGGAGGGAAAAAUAUCUUGCCUUGGAGAGCCAGGAUUCAAACCCUUCUCCCUGCCUUGCCAUCAUGGUGAAUGCCUCGCCGUCUAAAUGUACCUUAAAUGUCAAAGAGGGCAUGAGAGACUGGGCUUAAAAUAUACUUAAGAAAAAAUAAAUAACCUUAAUAUUAUUAAGCAUUAACUAAACUAAUGAGAUGAAAUGCAAAAAAAAAAAAAAAGUUGAAUCCUUUUGGAAAAAGUCCUUUCGGGUUUGUUAUUGCAUAUAUUUCUUGGACACUUGAGGUCAUCAUUAAUAACGACUGGCUUGUGCUUAGCAAGAAGCAUACUGGUGCGUGGCUUUGAGUGUAGGAAGGGUAAGGCGAUGACCCAGUUUUCUGACAAACACAGCCAGACUUAGAUGUCCAUCUCAGGGCUGUUUGGCCUUGUUCCCAUGGUAAGGCUAUGGCUCCCACAUACUGGAAGCACAUUUUUGUGAACGUUAUCAGAAAUUGGGAACAUAUUCAGUUGAAUGUCUUAAAUGCUGACAAAUCUUCCUUCUUUGACGAAAUUUUAUUUUCAGAAGCAGCUAAGUCAUUUAGAGCCAAAAUUGUUGAAUGGGUAGUGUAAUCAAGCUGGCUGAUAGCAUUUGAAAUUAUAAACAAAGAUGUGAGUAUUAAGCUCUUCAAGAGGUAAUUCUUAAGAAGUUGGCCCAAACAGAAGGGCAGCAUCUUUGCAAGACAAGGCAGGAUGGCUGCCAGAGAAAAUGUUUUUGAAGGACGAUAUUUUUCAGAUGUGAAAGUUCCCAGAGCAGGCACAUUAGGGUCAUCCCUCACACGUGGCUUUGUGGGGCCUCCAUGAAGCCAUCUUGCCCACUGGCGAAGUGCCCAGGUGCGCGGUAACUCUGGGAACUUUGCCUGAAGAAGCCAAAGCUGAGCAUUCUAGUUGCUCCUGGCUUAGGUCAGCCCAGUGUACCCCAAAGUAGGGUUGAAACCCAUAGCUCUAAGAUACUUACACUGAUUUCAAAGCAAGAGUACUUCUUUGGAGACAGAAAGAAUACAAAGUUCAGUAUUUUCUAUCUUUCAAACUGCCCUUAAUAUCAAAGAUAUUUUUCUAUGUGAAGACUUGUGUGGAGUUAAAAGGGACCUGUCCUUUCCUCCUUCUUGACAAAGCAUCAUUCUGAGGCUCUCAUGUGCAUUUUUGGAAGAGAGCUACGGUUUUGUAGAAUUGUCUUUUGAGUGUGUGUUCUGUUUUUCUUUUUUUUUUUUCUUAAAUCCAGAGAAGGAAACUGGUUAAAAUACUAGAAACAUCAGAGUAUUAAAUGUCAGUGAAUUUGUUGUGCUAAAAUAUCUUUUCAAUAGUGUUAUAAUCCAUCCUAGUUGGUGUCAACCGCUCACAGAAAAGCCUGUGAAACCAAAGGGGACAAUUAAGGUUUACAAAGAGACAGGUCUUAGACCAGCUUUGUCCCCUCUGCAUUUUUCAAGAGGCUUUCAAAGGAUCUGCAUAUUAAAUUCUGGUUUUAUAUGUAUUUUUGGACAUGCACUGCAGGUGCAGAGUUCUUGUGUAGGAAGGAGAGGACUGGACAGAAGUGGGAUGGAACCAGGUUUACCUGGGAAACUAACACAGAUUUCUGUAUUACCUUGGCCUGUUUCUUUAAAAAAAAAAAAAAUGUCUUUCAUCCUGGGUUGCUGUGAGUUUUGUUACUGUUUGUGUCGCUGGAUUUAUGGUUAAAUGAAGCACGUAGCUGGGAUAUGAACUUCUUGAGUUUUCACAUUGUCCCGAGUUUCUUUUUGCAAACCUUUAAACCUUAGCCCCUGGUUGAUUGUGUUAAAACCAUUAUGAGAAUGUUAUUUAAAGUUGUAUUAUAAUUGCAACCUCCACUAAUUAUUCAGUACUGUAGCAGCAAAGUAUUAUUUGUAAGAAUUUGGUUAUUUUUAUACUUAUACCUACUUUAAGUCUGGCGUUCUAGUCAGUAAAUGAUGCAAUAAAAUGAAUAUCAUUUUC